AUGAACUACACAGGGAAGGAAAAAAGGUUGUCUGUUCUAAUUUGUCGCGUGAACAUGCUUAUAAACCUUUUGCAGAGCAGAUUGGCAUACCCUCUAAUUUAUCCAUUCAACACAACAGCACUGAAUAAUGAAAAAUCGUUAGAAUUAUACUUGAAAAAAUUAAGGAAGGAUGGGAAUUUUAAUGAAGAGGCAUUUAUGAAGUCACUGGCAUUUAUAACUCCAUCUAUUAUAUCUUUGACAAAGCUUGUUCAUAUUUUGAAGGCAGGUUAUUCCUUAUGUAAUUAUUCCGGAAUGGCAAGCAAAUUAACUUACACGAAUAGAAAAAGAAGUAAUCACGUUUUAAAGCAAUAUGAGACAAAACUACAUUUAUUUAAACCACAGGUAUGGCGAUUGUUAAAGCCGAAUGAUGAAUUAAACACGAAACAUUUAAGGUGGAGGAAAUGA